AUGGGUUCCAUGCUGUGGAAGAUUACCUUUCUUCUACUUUGGGUAGGAGGCCAGUCUCAACAAUUCAUAAAUCCGGCGUUAAUCAUUUCACCGGAGAGUGAACGAUCUUUUGAAAAGUGGAGGAAUAUAAUUAGCCAACAACUUCAGGAAAGUGGGUCCACUUUUGAUUUAACGUCAACACUUCACAACGUUUUCGCCGCACUCAAAUCUUCUUCAUUCCCAACGGCGGUGGCUAAAAAUAUUAGUCAACAAUGUUUACAAGAUAGCCAGUAUUACGUUCAUAACCUUUACGCCAACCAAAGUCUAUGGGCCUUACAAAUGCAAGAGUCUUCAGCCAAGCUUCCACCGGGGUUAUUUGGAUCACGUAACAUUCACGCGGAUGGACUUUUCGAUGAAUGUCUGGCCGUUCGGGCACCCGGAUUCGAUGGGCAAUACUGCAGCGUCUACUUUCAACCAGUGGCAGUCGAUCAGUCCGAAAUUCUACCUCCGAGAUCAUUCAAUGAGAACCACGAAGGAAGAAGGAACUUUGUCACUAUUUUUCAGCUUUUGGGAUUAUUGGGAUCGGAUCGGGUCGAGCCAAAAGUGUCCGUGGCGGAUGCCAGCACUUACAUUUAUCCUAGUACCACAUUCUGCCUGCCAUCAUCUUGCAGUGCUGCCGACCUCGGUCAAGCGGUUGCUGAGCUCAUUGGCAGUUACGUCAUCGCAAAUUAUUCCAUCGUGACCGUGACUGACGAGCAAUAUUGCUUUAAAGAAAACAACGAUCCGCCGACAUUUGAUGGAGCCACCAUCACCGUCAUUGUGGUACUGAGUCUUGUCGGUAUCUUUGUUUUGAUGGCGACCAUUCACGAAGCCUGGCGAAUGUACCGCGGGACUGACUUUGAUGCCAAACAGGACGGGAAACUCCUAAGCGCAUUGCAUUGUUUUUCGAUCUUAAACAACGGCCGUAAAAUCCUGUCGAUGAAAGUUACAGCUUCGUCUUCGAACGACAAUUUCGGCUGUAUUCACGGCAUCCGCUUCUUCUCAACUUGCUGGGUCGUCAUAGGCCACACUUUUGGGAUUGCUGCAGCCAAGAUCAUGAAUAGAAAAGCGGUAACCGAGGAUUUUCGAACAUUGGGCAUGCAAACUAUUGGCAACGCCAGCGUUUCGGUAGACACAUUUUUCUUGAUGAGUGGCUUACUUGUAUCGUUUCUUUUGCUCCGUGAAUUGGACCGCAACAAAGGCAAAUUCAACGUCGGCCUUUACUAUUUGCACCGAUAUCUGAGACUGACGAUUGUGUAUGCCUUCAUCCUUGGCUUCAUCGCAACUUUAAUCGUCUACUUCGGUAUCGGUCCCAACUGGUACGAUGUGAAUAAGUAUUCAAAUGCUUGUCGCCUCGCCUGGUGGAGACAAUUCCUAUACAUUAACAAUUUGUUUCCUUUGAAUGCUGAUUAUGCGUGCAUGGGUCAAACGUGGUACCUGGCGGUUGAUAUGCAAUUGUUUAUCUUCUCUCCUCUCUUCAUUUAUCCGCUUUGGCGAUGGAGGAAAUGGGGACUUGUAUGGCUGGCCGCUGUUGCACUCAUCUGUCAAGGUGUAAUCUUCUUCAUUUACGCAAGAGACGAUCUCAGUCCUACUCUUUGGGUCACGCGCGCUGAUGAUUUGGCCACUACAGCCGAUUAUUAUGAUCACUAUUACGUCAAACCGUGGACAAGAGCGCCAGUUUACCUUGUGGGCAUCUGGGCAGGAUGGUUCUUGCACGUAACCAAACAGUCCCAGGGUCGAUUGGCCAAGCCUUUGGUGGUUUUGGGAUGGAUAUUGUCCGCAGCGGUCGGUCUGGCGAUCGUUUAUGGUUUGGCGCCUUAUGUCGACCCAUCAAAAGUGCCCGAGGUCAGUUCACUCCUCAAAAUGACUUACGGUCCUCUGCACAGGACAGCCUGGGCUUUUGUUAUAACCUGGAUUAUUUUCGCAUGCUCACGAGGCUAUGGAGGUAUCGUGAAUCGGUUACUAUCAUGGAAAGGAUUCUUACCGCUUGGCCGGGUGACUUAUUGCGUCUACCUGAUCCACUAUGACUUCCUUGUGGCCUACUACUCCGCCAUGCGGAAACGCUUUUACUACACGUUGUUUGAGCAAUUCACAGUUUGUUUCGGCCUCCUCGUCAUGACUUUUGGGAUAGCGUUCCUAGUAUCAGUCACGCUAGAAGCAUCUUUCCUCAACUUGGAGAAACUUAUCUUCUCUUCCAAAUCCAAAAGUAAACCUCGUGAAGAAAUAACCGCUCCUCCCGUGGACGAGAAAACAAAUGCUGAGCAUAAAAAAAUCGAGGCGUGAAUGGGAUUCUUCCGGAAUCAAUUUCACUGAUGGAAUAUUUCCGAUUUUUAUUAACAAGUUAUCUACAUAAUGUGAAAUAUUUAGUUAUUUGUAUUACGUAACAUUUUUAAUUCGCGUUUCUUUCUGAUGAAAAAAAAAAUACUGAAAUACUUGA